AAUGGGCGUAAAAACAACCUGAUCUGCCCUAGAGAAAGCCGGCUGGUGCCCUGGCCAUGGAAGACUGCAACGUGCACUCGGCAGCCAGCAUCCUGGCCUCAGUGAAGGAGCAGGAAGCCCGCUUCGAGCGGCUGACCCAGGCACUGGAGCAGGAACGGCGCCAUGUUGCCCUGCAGCUGGAGCAUGCCCAGCAACCUAGCAUGGGCAGUGGUGGUAUGGGCAGUGGGCAGUCCCUGCCAAUGGCAUGGCAACAACUAGUUUUGCAGGAGCACAGCCCAGGCAGCCAGGCAUCGCUGGCCACAAUGCCAGAGGCACCUGAGGUGCUCGAGGAGACUGUGACAGUGGAAGAGGACCCUGGCACGCCCACCUCCCACGUGUCCAUUGUCACAUCUGAAGAUGGAACAACCCGGCGUACGGAAACCAAGGUCACCAAGACAGUCAAGACAGUGACCACGAGGACAGUACGCCAGGUGCCUUUGGGCCCAGAUGGACUCCCCCUGCUGGAUGGCGGCCCCCUGCUUGGCCCUUUUGCUGAUGGCCCCCUGGACCGGCAUUUCCUGCUUCGCAGUGGUGGCCCGGCAGCCACACUUUCCCGAGCCUACCUCAGCAGUGGGGGUGGCUUUCCCGACGUCCCCGAGCUUCGUGAUGGCCCUAACUAUGGCAGCCUGUCCCGAGGGCUCGGAGUGCGACCUCCGCGCACUGGUCCCCUUGGCUCCGGACCUGGCGAUGGGUGCUUUACACUGCCUGGCCGCCGGGAGGCCUUCCCUAUGGGUUCUGAGCCUGGGCCGCAGAGCGGCCGCUCGCUGCCUGAGCGUUUCCAGGCAGAGCCCUAUGGCUUGGAGGAUGACACACGCAGCCUGGCUGCUGAUGAUGAGGGUGGCCCUGAGCUGGAGCCCAACUAUGGCACAGCCACACGGAGGAGACCUGACUGUGGGCGGGGCCUCCGUGCCAGGACCUAUGAGGAGACCACAGAUGACGCUGGUGAGCUGAUCGACGAGAGGCCCCCAUUCCUGGCAGCAACAGCUCCACUAGCCCAGCCCGAGCGGGGCAGCCUGGGCAGCCUGGACCGGGUGGUGCGGCGCUCGCCUUCAGUGGACACGGCUGAAGUCCUGAAGCCAUGACGCUGGUGAGCUGAUCGACGAGAGGCCCCCAUUCCUGGCAGCAACAGCUCCACUAGCCCAGCCCGAGCGGGGCAGCCUGGGCAGCCUGGACCGGGUGGUGCGGCGCUCGCCUUCAGUGGACACAGCAGGCUGCCCCUCCUCGUAGCGCUGCUGGACCACCCUCGGGCAGAGGUGCGGCGCCGGGCCUGUGGGGCCCUGCGCAACCUCUCUUAUGGCCGUGACACUGACAACAAGGCAGCUAUCCGCGACUGCGGCGGUGUCCCCGCCUUGGUGCGCCUGCUGCGGGCUGCCCGUGACAACGAGGUCCGCGAGCUGGUCACCGGCACACUGUGGAACCUGUCAUCCUAUGAGCCCCUGAAGAUGGCCAUCAUUGACCACGGCUUGCAGACGCUGACACACGAGGUCAUCGUGCCCCACUCAGGCUGGGAGCAGGAACCGAACGAGGACUCCAAGCCUCGAGAUGCCGAGUGGACGACUGUUUUCAAGAACACGUCAGGCUGCUUGAGGAAUGUGAGCUCUGAUGGUGCCGAGGCCCGGCGGCGACUCCGAGAGUGUGAGGGUCUGGUGGAUGCCCUCCUGCAUGCGCUGCAGUCAGCUGUGGGCAGGAAGGACACAGACAACAAGUCAGUGGAGAACUGCGUGUGCAUCAUGCGGAACCUGUCCUACCAUGUGCACAAGGAGGUGCCCGGUGCUGACAGGUACCAAGAGGCUGAACUCGGGCCCCCAGGCAGCGCUGCAGCCUCCCAGCGCCGGAGGAGGGAUGACACCAGCUGCUUUGGUGCCAAGAAGGCCAAAGAGGAGUGGUUCCAUCAAGGGAAGAAGGAUAGUGAGAUGGACCGGAACUUUGACACGCUGGACCUGCCCAAGAGAACUGAGGCUGCCAAAGGCUUUGAGCUGCUGUAUCAGCCCGAGGUGGUACGUCUCUACCUCUCCCUCCUUACGGAGAGCCGGAACUUCAACACCCUGGAGGCUGCUGCUGGUGCUUUACAAAACCUCAGUGCCGGGAACUGGAUGUGGGCCACAUACAUCCGUGCCACGGUGCGCAAGGAGCGCGGGCUGCCGGUGCUGGUGGAGCUGCUGCAGUCGGAGACGGACAAAGUGGUGCGUGCUGUGGCCAUCGCACUGCGCAACCUCUCACUGGACCGGCGCAACAAAGACCUCAUAGGGAGCUAUGCCCUGGCUGAGCUCGUGCGGAACGUGCGCAGUGCACAAGCCCCUCCACAUCCCGGGGCCCGCUUGGAGGAGGACACGGUGGUGGCCGUGCUCAACACCAUCCACGAGAUCGUGUCUGGUAGCCUGGACAACGUGCGCUCGCUCCUGCAGGCCCACGGUGUGCCGGCGCUGGUGGCGCUGGUGGCAGCCAGCCCGUCAGUUCGCGAGGCGAAGGCAGCCUCGCAUGUGCUGCAGACCGUGUGGAGCUACAAGGAGCUGCGCAGUGCCCUGCAGAGGGAUGGCUGGACCAAGGCACGCUUCCAGUCAGCUGCUACCACCCCCAAGGGCCCCAAGGGAGCACAGAGUCCUGGGGGCUUCGACGACAGCACACUGCCCCUGGUGGACAAGAGCCUUGAUGGUGAGAAGGCGGGCAGCCGGGAUGUGAUCCCCAUGGACGCACUUGGCCCAGACGGAUACUCUACUGUGGAGCAGAGAGAGCGGAGGGCCCUGGGCAGCAGCUCUGCAGGGGAGGCCUCUGAGAAGGAACCAUUAAAACCCGACCCCAGCAGGAAGGCCCCUCCUCCCGGGCCCAACAGGCCUGCGGUCAGGCUGGUGGACGCCGUGGGGGACUCUAAGCCUCAGCCUGUUGACUCCUGGGUCUAGUUUGCAUGCCUGGGCCCGGGUUCAGCCAUUUGUCCUUAGAGAUUGGAUCACCAGGAGAAGGGCCAUCCUGGGCAGACCCUGUCGUGGAGCUUGGAGCCCUCUGGUGGCAGGGGUUGGCGGAGCCUGCUGCCCUGAGCCAGGCCGGGAUUCUCUGCAUACUCUCCUCUCCCUCCGUCCCUCCGCUCUCCUGACCUACUCCUAGGCCUGUUAGCUGUUUGAUGACCUGGCGCUGUGUGUGAGUGGGUGGGAGAAUGUCGGGCCGGGGCCCAGGGAGGCAUUAGGGGAGGGAGCCUGGCUUUGCUCCGGCAGAAUAGGAGAGAGUAUACCCUGUGUGCAAGUGCCCCGAGGAGCAAAAGACUGGGGAAGGAGAUCCCGGGGAUAGGCGGCCAGGCAGGGAGGGUCUUGGGUGAGGCAGUUGAAUUCCAAGCGGAUCCCCUGGCCAGGGCCCCGCCCCACAUGGCAGGCUGACCAUGGGCAGCUUGGGGCUGCUCUACGAGGGUUGGCCCAGGCAGGGAGGCUUUGGAGGCAGCAAGGUGGGGGUCAGCCUCUGCUUACCCCUUCCACCCUUGGAGUCCUGGAUGGGUGGGACCCUCGAGCAGAGGGAACCUGCACUGAGCCCCUUCUGGCUAGGGCCAUCAUGGCUGCCCCACUGCAUCUGUCCAGAACCUCAGUAACCUCCAGGACUGAGCUCCAGCGGUGGCAGGAGACUGCUGUUCAGUGCCUGCUGUUUGUGACUUAAAAACAGAAAAAAAACACUGAUAAAAAGCAUUUAAAAUGAAACCAAAAUAAGAUUGUAUUGGUAAACAUCUAAAUUUUUGUAAGAAAAUUUAAAAAUUAAAAAAAGGAACAAAGGAACUUCUUGUCUCCCUCGUCACCGUCCUACUUAAAAUCCGCCCGGCCCCUCUCUUGAUGCUGACAGUGAAGGGUGGGGAAUUGGGCAGAGACAAACCCCAAGUUGCAGUCUGCUGUGACCAGCAGGCGCCGACCCUUGGGCUUCUCCCCACAUCUGGGCCCAGAGGAGUGGGCUGGCUUCUGGGUGGUCAGC